AUGGGUAUGAAUAAGUUGUCAGGGCAAAUACCAAGCAUUGGAAAUUUGUUCUUGCUUGAAAAUUUAUAUCCUGCAAGCAAUAGCCUCCAAGGAAAUAUUCCGAAUGAAAUAAGAAAUCUUACAAAUUUGAAUAGCAUAUACUUAAGUUUUAAUCAAUUGUCUGGUCACGUACAAAGAGGCAUCGGCAAGUUCACUAGACUUGACGAGUUAUUUCUGGACAACAAUAACUUUGAAGGAAAUAUUCCCAAUGAAAUAGUAAGUCUUGCAAAUCUGAAGAUGAUGAGCCUAAGUGUUAAUCAGCUAUCUGGCCCCAUACCAAGAGGCAUUGGAAACUUGACUGUGCUUCAGCAGUUGUAUCUUGGUAGCGAUAAUUUAGAAGAAUAUGGAUCUAUUGGAAUGGUUUCAACAAAAGUUGAUGUGUAUAGCUAUGGAAUAUUACUAAUGGAAGUGUUCACUAGGAAAAAGCCAACAGAAGAUGCUCUCUUGUGCUCGGCGAUCAAAACCUACUUGUUCGAUUACGUUUGGCUUCAAUUUUUUAACAACCCUCCAUGGCAGUAUACCGAUGGAAACAUGACCAAUCUUGUGAAUGCAUGGAUCAAGCAAGUGUUCUUGGGGAUUCUGACAUCACCGGACGAGGCUAACAUUGGCGGGUUUAUUUCGGCAAACAUUCUGACGUCUCAGGUUCUUCCAACUCUCAGAGGGUCUUCUAAGUAUGGCCAAAGUGGAUAUAGCAAAGCCAUUAAAGAUAAUGUCUAA